UGGGUUGUGGACGACGACAUGUCAUCGCUUGGAUGGGUGUUGAUUCUCAUCGUCGAACUUCUCCUAAAAUAUACCGUCUUUUUCCUAUUUCACUCUCUCUCAUCUUAGGAACUGGCCCUCCUGAGAUAGCAAGGCUGCUCAUCGUCGUCGCUCGUUUCCUUUGGUUUGCAGGGGAGGCGGUCUCACCGACUUUGACUCAGGUUCACACUCACAACUCACUCUCGCUCACUCAACAAACUCAGAUUGAUCUAUCACCGCGGCAGAGAGUUGGCAUAAUAAUCGGCCAUCACAGAUUUUUGCUCCACGACAUCUCGGUACAUCCUACAGUACGCAAAAUGGCUUCCCCUAGGUCAUCCUCAUCAUCCUUCUUCUCCCCCGCCAACUCCAGCACCAACCUCAGCAGCGGUGCGGGCAUCAUCAGCAUCGCCCCUUCGCCCAGGAUUGUGGUUGGGUCGGAGCACACGGUCGAAUCCACCAGGAAACGUCUCACCUCCCUGCCGGCGAUCAAGAGGGCGAACCUCAUUGCUGAAUUCACCGCCCUCAAACACUGCCCACCCCCGGGGAUAAUCGUCUCCCUGCCCCCAUCCCCCCACAGCCCCGACUACCCCACCCUCUGGUCGGGCGUUCUUUUUGUCAGGAAAGGGCCUUACGCCACGGCUAUCUUGCGGUUUCAGAUCUCUUUCCCGGAUGAUUACCCUGACUCUGCACCGCUGGUGACGUUCUCGACGGACAUUUUCCACCCGUUGAUCAGCCCGCUGACGACGUACGUCGGUGAGGAGAGUGGGAAGAAGGGGGGUGUGAGGCUGCCUCCUGGGGGUUUUGGACUGUCGCAUGGGUUUCCGGAGUGGUUUGCCGAGCGGGAGGAGGGAGAUGGGAUGGGGGGUGCAUUUGUUGUGGGUGGGAAGGGGAAACGGGGACGGGGGGAGAGAAAGGUUAGCACCUGGGAGGUGUUGAGGUAUAUUAGGAGUACGUUUGAUGAUGAGAAGGUGUUGGAUGGGGUGCCGCUUGAGGCGGCGGGGAAUCCGGGGGCUUGGCAUGCUUGGAGGACGCAUAGACGGAUGCAGAAGGAGAAGGUGGAAAGGGAAAGGGAGAGGGAGCAGAGGGAGAAGGAGAGGAAGGAGGGGGAGGGGGAAGGGGAGGUAGUGGAAAAGGCGGAGACGGUGGUGAGUGAUGAUGGGAGGGGGAGCGUGGUUGAUGCUAGGACUAGUUCUGGGAGUUUGACUGUGCCGGCUACGCCCACGAGCAGCAGGAGACCGGAGGAGUGGAAUUGGGAAGGGGUUUGGGAGAGGAGGGUGAAGAGGGGGAUUGCGGCGAGUUUGUCGGAGAGUGUGCUGUUUGGGGGAGCUGGGGGGCCGGAUGAGGUAAUCAAUUUCUUGCCGAUGGACGAGGCUGAGGUUGAGGGGGUCAAGCAGAAUCUCCUGAGAACGCUUGGCGCCGUGGUUUAA